AUGAGUAAACCUCUUUGCAGUCCUCAGAAAGAAUCCAAGUAAAAAAUCUCUUCCACUAGGAAAUCAAAAGAUAUAAGAGAAUCAAUAAAAUAAUACAUUUAACCGCUGUUGCUUGAUGAGACCGAGGAGAUUACAAAUAAACUCAAGGAGACUCAUUCCUAUAUAGUAUAUUAGGAAAAUGAAAACGAUUAGAAUAUCAAGUGCGAUAUAUGUCUUCAAUACUGCUCUGAGGAAAAUGACCAUCUUGUAGUGUGCGAAUUGUGCUUAGGAGCUGUGCAUUAAAGUUGCUAUUAAAUCGAUUUGGCUGCAAAAGUUCCAGAGGAAGCUUGGUUUUGUUAAAGGUGCUAAUAUUUAGUUCAACUAGUUAAAUAAAAGAAAGCAAAUAUUGAAUCACCUAAGUGCCUUCUAUGCCCAGAUAGAAAAGGUAUUAUGAUAAUGUAAUAUUCACUUGCUAUGCUAGGAUCACAUAUAUUAUGGAAGGACAACCCAUAAUUCAUAAGAAUAUCGAUAGUUCAAAUUAAAUCUAAGAAAAGACUUUUUAAAUUGAAAUAUAAGAAAUAAAAUGAUGAAGAGACUUUGUUACCAUAAAAGAGAUCUAAGCAAGGAAGCUAAAAAAGCAAGCAGUCAAAGGCAUCAUCUUAGAAAUCAAGUCAGAAGUCGAUAACCCAAAAGUCAUCAUAAAAUAAUAAGAGAAAUUUGAAAGUUCUAGAUAAGGAGCUAUAAUAGGAACUUAAAAAUGAGAUUUAAUAAGAAAUACCUCAGGAUUAUAAUUAAGAAACUCAGCAAUAGUCAUAAAAAUUUUCUUAAGACUAGCCAAAACUAGAGAGUGAAGAAUAAGAAAAGCAAGAAACAAUAAUAAUUAUUAAAGAAUGUGAAUUUCAGGAUCGGCAUAUAAUUGAGGGAAGAGAGGCUCAGAUAGAGUCUAAUUAAAAUGAAGAAGAAUAAAUCAAGGAGGAAGCAUUGGAUGGGAGAGUGACUAUGGAAUAGAUCUAAAGAUACUCUGAGUAGUCAAACUAGAAAGUAAACUCACCGAAAGAAUGUAUUAGAGAAAACUAUUUCAAAAAUGAGCAUCCUAGCUAGCCUGAACUUAAGAGCUAUUCUACCUUAGGUAGCCAUACCUAAGAGACCUUAUUAAAGGUAGAAUAUCCUGAGAUAAAGCUAAAACUUAAAACUUAGAAUAAGAAAGAAAAUGAUGAAACGAUUGAACCAAGUAUAAAAAAUUAAAACUCGACAAUAUCAAAUAGAAAAAGCAUAGUUGAGUUAAUAAAGGAUUAUUAAUCGGAACAAGAUCAGAUAAAUAAAGCAUACUUUGAAAAAAUAGAAAAAAGCGUUCAAAUAGAGAAAAAUUUUUAGAACCAAUAGAAAUUACUCAAUAAUGAGCAAAUUAUGCGAAUGCUGGACUAAUAAGGAAUUAGAUUUCCUCAUGAUUUUCAAACUUAAUUAUAAAACUACCUGGUAGCUAUUGGCCUCUAAACUGUAUUAGAUAAUUUAAAACUCAAUUUAUAAAUAUAAUAACCGUUGAUUCAAAGCCAGCAAAACUUACAAUGCGAAAUGAGUCGAGAUCCCUCAAUGCGAGAGAGGCUAACCUAAAUUAAGAAAUAGGAAUCAGACACCCCAAAUUGGAGUAAUGCCAGUAAUAAACGAAAAAGAGGGAGAUGCUAAGCUGGAAAAUCACCGAAAUCGAAAAUAAAAUAAAAGGAAAAGGAAAAGUUAGAUUAGAGUCAAAUUAGCGCAAGAAAUUCUGAUAACUACUAUAGUGUAUCAUAAUGCAAGAAUCUGGGAGUUAAGACAAGCAGACCAAGAACCCCUCAGACAUCUUACUACCAGCCUGAUGAGGAUAUUCGCAAGUAUACUAAGACCAAGUUAAAUAACUUGCUAGAUAAGCUAUACUUCGUUGACUAAGAAAUAUUCAUGCUGCUCAAUCUGACCUAAAAGUAUGUAGAGGAUUAGAACAGGAUAUUUACAGAUAGGAGCAUACCAUACAAGCGUAGAGACAUUGAGAAUUAUAUAAAGAAGGCAUUUAAAAUGCUUAAGAUAUACAAUGAGGAAGAGAGAUUUUAUGAUUUAACAAGGUCAGUUAAUCUGACCAAAAUAUUUGCCUCAUAGGUUGGAAAAAACUCGCCUCAAGUAGGUGACAAUAUGAUUUGGAUGAGGCUUUUAAAGAAAAGAUGUAAGCCUGUUGAAGAACCAGAAUCUAGUAAUUGA